UUGAAGAGGGAGAUCCCCAAAGGGGAGGACCUUGACAGCCAGACUACAGCCUGUGAACCCUCCCCAGGCCAUAGGGGAUCUGCAUAUGUCCAGCACCGGGAGGACCCACUGAGGGCAGUGUUCCCACUGCUGACCCCUCAUGUCAGGAGUGCCCCCUCUGGUCCAGGUGGCUAGCCAGGAGGGCUUAGACGAUGCGGGGUAGUUGGAGAAAUGGAAAGAAACGGGGGCAAAAAUGGGACAAAAGAGCUCACGGUGGGGUCGAAGAACUGGAAGAGUUUUGGAAAUGGGGGUAAUGGAAAGUUGGUCAAGAGGUCCGUUACUACUAUCCGAACUGCACGGUGCUCAGAGGGACAGGGACAGAGGCAUGAGCCCAGGGCGGGCCUGUUUCUUGGCCAAGCUUUAAAGGAAAGGGGUGGCCGUCUUGGGCCUUAGGGCCCAUGCUGGGCCUCCCCACCGAGGGGGCUGCCGCCCGGGCCCGCGCAGUACGCGCUCUGAGGAAACGGGCGGUGGGCAAGCCCCGUGGUCGCCCUUCCUAUCCCUGUCCUCCAGCUUCUCCGGCCCGGAGCAAGAGGCCUGUGCCCGGCGGGGAGCGAGUGUCCACUCCCUGGGCCCAGGGCUAGACUGGCGAGCGGACACUACGAAAGGGCGGGCGGCCCCGGGAUCAGCGCCGCCGCUCAGCGCUCCCGCCCCCGGUGGCCGGACGUGGCGCCUCCCCCGCGGCAGCCAGAGCCUGGAGGUGGGGUCCGGAGUCGGAGCCGGGGGAUCUGAUGUCACCGCGCGGCCGCGGGCGCCCAUGAGCGCGUCUCAGGCUGGAGCUCAGGCCUCGACGGAGCUAGCCAUGGAGGCCCUGGGUGCUGGGGGCGACCGCGCCUCCCCAGCCUCGUCCACGCGCAGCCUAGACCUGCGGCGGCUUUCUGCGCGCGCCGACUCGGCCUAUAGCUCUUUCUCCACGGCCUCGGGCGGUGCUGAGCCGCGCACACCAUCGCCGGGGACAGACCUCCUUCCGUACCUAGACUGGGACUACGUGCGAGUGGUGUGGGGCGGCCCGGUCCCCGCCCCGCCCGCCGCCGCCACGCUUCGCACCUCCCCGCAGCCCUGGUCCGCGGCAGCUGCACGCAGUGGGCCGCGUCCCCCACAGGUUCAGGGGGUCCAGGGUCCGCUCAGCCGUCAGGCCACCCCGCUGCUGUAUGCGCUGGCCGCCGAGGCUGAGGCUGCAGCACGGGCUGCAGAACCGCCCAGCCCACCGGCCUCGCGGGCCGCCUACCGCCAGCGGCUGCAGGGCGCGCAGCGGCGAGUGCUCCGGGAGACGUCCUUCCAGCGCAAGGAGCUCCGCAUGAGCCUGCCCGCCCGUCUGCGGCCCGCGGCCCCUGCACGGCCCCCUGCCGUGCACCCGCGCUCUGCCUCGCUUGGCCACGCGGGCGGGGAAGGGGAGCCAGCGCGCUCCGGGGCUCCCACGCCAGGAACCGCCGGCUGCGGCCGCCUUGCCAACCAGCAGCAGAAAUGGUGCUUUUCGGAGCCAGGGAAGCUGGAUCGCGUGGGUCGGGGCGGUGGGUUGGCAGGGGAACACUCGGGUGGGGCCUGCUCCAGCUCUGGCCUCUCCAGGCCCGAGCCCAAGGAAUCGCAGCAUCAGGUCUUGGCAGAGUUCGAAGGUCACCAGAUCAGAUGGCUGCCCCGAGGAACAGAGGACCCUGUACCCUGGUCCUUGAAGCUCGACAAAACCUACAGGCCUGCUCGCAGGAGCGCUUCAGGGGAAGGCUUGGGUCCCUGGGGAGGCCCAGGAGGGGCCAUGCCCCUUGUCCAGGCCGUUCCCCAAGGAGUAGAACCCCCCAGAUCAUUGUUUCAGACCAAAAAUUCUAGAGUCUCUGCCCCCAGGUUCCUGACUCAGAUGGAAGCCGCAGUGGUGUGUCCUACAGAGGGCCUCCAGAGCAUCGCCACUGACUGUGACCAUAGGGGCCCAGAGACCUGCAUUGUGCCUUCCCGGCUCGCCUCCCUUCCUGGUGAUGAAGUUUUCCUGGAAGAAGCCAUGUUGGUCGGAAUGAGAUCACCUCCAGACGCCCAUGACUCCCCGGGGCUCCCAACCAGUGUCCAUGCCUCUGACCCGCAGUAUGGAGCUGGCUUGGGACAAAGGCCUAACCAGUCUACAGUCCCUCCAGAGCACCCCCUCCAUGAGCGCCCAGAGACUGCAGGGGCAGAUGACUGCUGGCAGGGAAUAAACGGUUCUGUGGGUGUCUCCAGGCCCACAUGCUGUAGUGCCCCUGGCACUGCAAAUGGUAACAUCCCAACCAUUGACUCCACUGGACAGCUGAUGACUGACACCCCUUCAGCUGCAGAGAGUGACCCCCUCAAACCUCUCUCAGUUGAUGCCCUGGGACCUGCAAGCAAUGAUACCCCAGGGCCUCCUGAUGACACUGCCCUGGCUUGGGGCACUGGCCAACCUGAUUCCAGGCCAACUUGGCCCAGUCCACGUCUCGAGGAGCUGGUUCAGGAGCUGGCCAGACUGGAUCCCUCUCUGAGUGACACGCUCACCUCCUAUCCCAGCCCAGAGCCACCCCUGGACCUGCUGGAUGGGCUGAUUCCUUUAGCUGAGGUUUGGGCUGCAAUGAGGCCAGCCUGUGGGGAGGCUGGAGAGGAGGCUGCUAGUACUUCUGAGUCAGGGUCCUGUCUAAUUAGCUCUACCCAGCUCCUGCCAACUUCUCAGGAGGAAAGAAGGCCUGAAAAUCUUACCACCCACCCUGUGCCUGACCAGUCAUGUGGCCAGGGUCUCCCCGAGCCAAAUAACAGCAUGCAAGCUAAGAAAGUGGAGCUAGCAGACCUCCUCCAAAAGAUGCUGCGGGACCUUCAGGCAGAGCAGGAACAGCUACAGGAGGCAGCCCAGGCCUGGGCCAGGCGCGGUGCUGCCCUGGAGGCCGCAGUAGGCCAGGCCUGUGCACCCCGCGAACUAGAGCGGUUCAGCCGGUUCAUGGCCGACCUGGAGCGCGUACUUGGCCUCCUGUUGUUGCUGGGCAGUCGCCUGGCCCGUGUGCGCCGUGCCCUGGCCCGGACGACCGCCGCCGACGACCCUGAAGAGCAGGCCUCUCUGCUGCAGCGACUCGGGCUCCUGAAGAGGCAGCAGGAGGACGCCAGGGAGCUGAAGGAACACGUAGCGCGGCGCGAACGGGCCCUUCGGGAGGUGCUGGUGCAGGCAUUGCCUGCCCAGGAGCUGCGCACCUACUGUGCCCUGCUGGCUGGCAAGGCAGCGGUCCUGGCCCAGCAGCGCAGCUUGGAUGAGCGAGUCCGGCUCCUUCAGGACCAACUGGACGUCAUCAGGAGUGACCUUGGCCAUCAUCCCCCUUCUCCCAGACCUGCCUGGUCCCCAGGCACCCAUCCUCCCGAUAAACCAACCUGCCCCCCUUCCCUCAUUUAGUUACAGGCGGUGAGGGUUGGGAGCAUUGCCCCUACCUCUCACACAUGCAACUGGGGGUGAUGCUGGUUUAUUCGGUGCUUUUCCUUUGGGGUGGGGAUGACCCAGGCCAGGCCUUCCCAGGAUACUUCUCCCAAGUGUUGUCAUGUGACCUCACCCAAGACUUGUGUAUUAUUUGGUAAUUAAUUUAUGGAUUUUUUAAACUGCAGUAUUCCCCCUUUUUGUGAUGAGAGGGGCUCAAUCAGGGUUGGUUGGAGGGAGAGGAGACUAGUCAGAGAAGCACUUCAACUUAUGCAACUUUUUUUUCUCAAUAAAAAUUGAUGUGA